ACAAACAUAAAAUUGACAUUUAAAUUAAACUGACAGAUUCAUUAUUCUACAUUAUUUUGCCUAGUGAUGCCGACAAAAAUACCGAAUAAAUUCUAAUUUAAUUAUAAAGAAAAGCAAUAUCAACGAGAAAAUGGAGCCUAUGACUUUAGGAAGCCCCGGCGGUAGUCCAGCUACCAACCCAAGUCCAUAUUUGCCGCCAUUCCUUAUGGGAGAUGCACAAAUUCCUUCAACACCACGCAACACGCUUUCUCCUAAUAAGGGAAGCAGAAACAUUUCAUUUGCAACGUCGCCAAUACAAAAUUCUCCUUCGUCCGGUCCGCUUGGUGAUCACAAUCGUUUUUCGAUAGGCCAGAAGCAACUGUUCAAUAGUAGCGUAAGUGCCAAUUAUUCAGGUGCACAAGGUCCUCCCACGCAGGGUUUAUUUGAUUCUUUACGCAACGAACGCAAUCUUGUUGAGACACCAACUCGUGGUAUAGAAGCACAAUCUUCCCUUGGAUUUGGUACACCAAUUUCAAAUCAGCAAAAUCUGAGUACCUUCAGCGGCAAUAUAAGUUUUCAACAACAGCAUCUGCAGCAGCAACAACAAUUUCCGUCACAGUCAACAAUACCGUAUAAUGAUUCACCAUACUUAGCUAACACUUCAUAUAAUACAUCACGCUGCAUAACAUCGCCGUUAGGAGCGCUUGGCACGCCCAAUGCAAGCGGUGCAAUUAAUACUUCAUAUAUGCUUCAAUGUCCACCAACACCACGCUACACAGAGUUUUGGGUGACUGUUUAUGGUUUCCCGCCAAGCGCGAUUUCAACGAUUCUGCAGCACUUUGCGCAAUGCGGUACUAUAGUUGACAAAGUAUUUCCCCCGCAAAAUGGUAAUUGGGUUCACCUCAAAUACGCCUCAAGGCUAGAAUGCGAUAAGGCACUAAAUUAUAACGAAAAGAUAUUGGGAAAUAACAUUAUGAUCGGUGUUACACAAUGCAAGGAUAAAAACAUCAUCGACAAAGAAAAUGUUUGUGAGAAUAAUACGAAACCGUGUAAGGUGCGCCCAUUAUCGCAGACUGCCUACAAAAGUGCGCAAAAUGAUUCUGCUGUCGUCAAUAAUGCAAACAUGCCCCAAAAAAGCUCUGGAUUGAUGAAUAAGGCAAUGGAUUUGUUUUUUGGUUGGUAAAAUAAACACGAUUUUGGUUUGAUUAUAUGUACAUUUUGAUUUACCGAUAAUUGAUUUUACUUGUUCAGGUCACAAAAUACAAGAGCAAAUAUUUGCAAAAUAAGA